UUUCCGGUUACGUACAAAUAGCAUCUGCAUGAUGCAGUUAUGUACACGCAUUAAUUUUUUAAUCUACAAUGUGUUACAUAAGAAUUAAAAAAUUGUAAUUGAUAAAAAAGGUCAAAUGCUUUCUAAUUUCUUCACAAAAGAACUCGGUGGCAACAAGAAGACAAGUGAAACGCGUAUAAUUUAAGCUUUACAGUUUUUACCCGUUUCGCGGAUGUUUUAUUGCGAUCAAUUUAAUUGAUUCUUCAUUCCGAUCGAAACAUAUUCUCUUAAUUUUAAUUCUAGCAUCGUAUUUUUUUAAUAUUAGUAUUUAAAUAAAGCGACAGGACUCUUUGUGAUAAUUGCAAGUUAUUUUAAGGAGUUAAUAGUAAAGUGGAAACAAAGAAAAAUAUAUCACGAAAUUAUUUUAAUCCAACGUUUAAAUUAACAAUUGCAAAAGUUAGACAUAGUUACAAACGUUUAAUAAAUAUCAAAAUAAACGAACAAUGUAAAAUAUUAUCGUUAAUGCACAGGUAAACCGUUAACAUUUGACAUAACAAUCAGAAAGUAGAAAGGAAAUUACGAAGUGAAUAACAGUAAAUUGUCAACAUGGCGGAUGCUGAUUUUAUCAUUACAAUUUCGGGCGCCGCUCUUUCCUUAUUGUUUUACGAAAAUGUUCGUAACUGUGGAGAUCAGAUGGGAUUCUUAUUGGGAGAAACUCUUGAAUUUGUAGUGAAAACAUAUACAGAUGCGGACAAUCAGAUAGAAACAGUGAAGAUACAGAAUAAUAUUGAAACUGUUGUAACUUGCCCAUUGCCAGAUCUUUUACAUGAUUCUAUUGGUAGAAUUAAUAAAGAAAAUUUAAAGGAUUUCUUACGUGAUAAAAGUAAACAAGUAAUUGGUUGGUUUCGCUUUAGGCGAAAUACAGGAUUGACACCAACUAUGAGAGACAGAAUAUUACAUAAAGAAUUUGCAACACACUUUUCUAAUGGCAAUUGUGCCAAAGAAAGGUUCUUUGUUACUUGUUUAUUAAACUCUACAACAAGUGAUGAAAGGGGCACACAUAAAUUUAAACAUGUAUUUUUAAGACGUACAAGAGAGAUAUUUGAACCAGUUCCUUUAAGGAUAAAUAAUCUAGAAAAUAAUUCAUUUCUUCAGGAAGGUUCAGAUUAUAAACCUCCUCCUACUAAAAGGUCAUCUGAUUUACCAGAUGUAUUUACCAACCUUAUAGAGCCUUUAAAUUUAAAUUUGACAAGGACAUCUGAUUUGGAAUCUGCUAUUACUAUACAAGAAGCAGCUGAAACGUAUUUGAAUCAACUAAUACCAGAAUUAUGCAAAUCUGAUCUUGAAGUGGCAGAGUUAGAAAGACAAGUUAAAGAAUUCAAAUUUCAUAAAAGGUCAAAAGUGAAUGGUAAUUCAAACAGUGUGGCUCCUGAGAUUAAGACAGCUAUUCUUCGUACCACCGAAGAAGGGAAAAAGUCAGAGCAAUCCUCUCCAUUAAGAAAACAACUUUCAGAUGAAGUCUGUGAUGAUAGUCCAACAUUUAAAAACCAUUCUACUGCAGCUAGUCAGGCAAAUACUAUUAACAAACCAAAAAAUGCAGUAAUAUAUACUGAGAAAAGUAUAAAUCAAGAGAAAGCAAAGACAAAUAUACAGGCAGUAGAAAGUCCUAAUCAAAAACCAUCCUUUGUAAAUUCCAAUUCAGAAAUGAAAGUCAAUGUUACAGAAACUAUGUCAAAUAAACCCAGGCGCUUCAAUAUACAGUCAGAAAUCGUAAAAGAAUCGAUCUGCAAAAAUGAAACGAGUAUGAUUGGUGUUGGACGUGGUAGAAACAUACAGUUUCAUGAAGUUGCAGAACCAAAGAAAGCUAGAAGGACUAGAGGUCCGGUUCCUACACAAAGUAAUAAUGAAAGGACUUCGCACAGUCAAGUGGCACGACAAGAAUCGUCUGAAGCGAAUUGUGUACAAAAUGUUCCUUUUCGACCAGCUUAUAAUGAAAUUGCAAAGAAAAAACAAGUAAAUAAUACACGCAAAUCAGAUUCGUCGGAUAAUCAUUAAAUAAAAGAGAAUUCCGGUUAUCUUUAAUUUACUUUAAAAGCUUCAUAACAGUAUACUUAAAAAUGUAGCGCAUUCGUGCAAAAAAAAAGAAGAUGAUGAAGGUUUAAGAGCGCUUACACUAGAGUUGUACGCAUUGUAAAUAUUUAUACAUACAAAUACAUAUAUUUUAAAAUAUAAAUAAACUGACCGUGUCUGAUAUAUGUUAGACUGGUCUGUUUUUGUUUUUAAAUAUUGCGAAGAUGUCGAGGAAAAAAUGCUAUCGUGCCGUGUUCAUAGUAUCGAAUAUUGUGCAUUAUAAAGUGGAGAGGCAUUACAGACUGAAGUACUGAAUAGUUUUUAAUGCGUAUGUAACAUGCUCUUAAAUAUUUACAGUGCUCUAUAUUUCUAAGUUAACUAUGUUCCCUUUAAGCUCGGAGAGAAAUAUACAGAAUAUGUUAUUCUUUGAUGUAAAUUUUGUUAAAUUGUGCCAUUACAGUUUUAAGUAUUUAACGUAUAAAAUAAAUAUAAACGUUUUGCAUUAUGAUUUUUUAUAAAUAUCACGUUAAUACAUGUAUUAAGUAUUUGUAAAUAAUUAAAAAUCUCAUCAUUUUUUUUUUUUUUUUAUAACUAAUGUUAAAUAUUUCGAUUAGCACAGAACUUCGAUUUUUAUCUGUACAUAAAUACUUAAAAGGAAUGUUCUUAAAGUAUGUCAGCAGGGUCAUUUGGAACUCCUGUGACCUCCCAUAUCGUGGCCGCAAGUCUUCUUGAAUGUUCCAAAAUACACGAUGAUGUUGCCAAUCCAAGAUGAACACAAUAAAGCUCGUAUAUCCUGAUUUUAUUCGCCGACAAUUUGGGAAAACAUAUCUCGGCUAAUUUUCUACAAAAAUAACCAAAGUACGUUAACACUUGCAACAGAAAAAACCAAAUAUUAUAUGUUAACAAUACGAACCUAUAAUAAUCACCGCAAAAUAUACCUGGUACUGGAAAGUUUUUCAUUAUGUGAUUUAAAUAAACCUUACAUUUUAAUGGUGAUCCCUACAAAACAUCUACGAUAGUGAUAGUGUAUAGAUGUAUUAUUGUUGCUUUAAAACUAUUUACUUACAGAACUAUCCUCGAACCAUAGAAAGUAAGCAUAAUUGAACGUUGUAUCUUUCCACAUGACUGAUAAAUGUCCUUCUUCUAAA